AUCAGUGGUAUGCAACACUUUUCGUGAUGACAAUUGGUUUAAUGUGUCUUUAAAGUUUAAAAUAGGAAUGAAUUUGGACGGUUGAAGAAGUACUCAAACAUAAUUAAAAAGUUCCUUUAAACUAAAUAUAAACGUUUUGUCUGUCAGGGUCAUAUUGUAGAACAAACAUUGAAAGAUUGGGAUAUGGGAUACAUUAUAACAUACUGGUACACUCUGGGAUAUGAUCACAAUAUGAACUUUACACGCGUGUAAAGUUCAUAUUGUGGAACAAACAUUGAAUGACUGGGAUAUAGGAUAUAUACAAUCUAGGACUGUGGUGGAGUAUUUUAAUGAGGAAUUGCAUAAUUCUACAGCAGUCCUCAAAUCUUUAUAUUUUUACCAUCCAAAGAUGUGUCUAAAUGUGUGGACAAUUGUGCGUGAUUAAUGUGAUAGUCUAGAACGCUCCUCAGUAUUCGGAUUUUAAAAGUAGUAUACAACUUUCAUAUCUAGCCAGAAUAGUCAUCCCUGUGCACAGUAACAAUGGGUUCUGGGAGCAGUACGGAGGCGGAGAUACCAAACGUGACGCCCAUCGUUGACCAGGAGGAGCUGGUGCGCCCCAUCAAGGAGAACGGGCGAUACCGGAACCCAUUCCCGACCUACGAGGACCGCGGCUUCACACACCUUAUGAGGCUGAUGAAGGAUUUUGCGUUGAACAACAUCAGUGGGAUACCAUGGAACAACAAGGAGGAAUUGGACAAAACACUGCCCGUCCUCAAGCCGGACAUUGAAACGCUCGCCGCCGGCGAAAAAAGCAACAACCUUCGAGCGGUGUGGAUGGGACAUGCAUGUGUUCUUGUGAAAGUCGACGACCUGGUGGUACUGACAGACCCUGUGUGGGGCUAUAAAUGCGGACCCCUGGGUAAGAUGGGGGCCAAGCGGUACCGCCCGCCCCCGUGCAGCAUCGACGAACUGCCUGAACUGGAUGCCGUGGUGAUCAGUCACAAUCACUACGACCAUCUCGAGUAUUCUACUGUCGUUAAACUGAACAAGCGGUUCGGCAAGAAUCUGCAUUGGUUUGUGGCGGAGGGACAGGCGAAGUGGAUGCGGGACGCCGGUUGUGAGAUGGUCACAGAGCUCACCUGGUGGGAGGAGGCGUCCCUGGAAAAGCACGGACAUAAGUACACCAUCGCCGCCACGCCCUCACAGCACUGGUGCCAAAGGACCGCCACCGACAGAGACAAGGCGCUAUGGGCGAGCUGGGUGGUGCAGGGCCCCCGGCACAACUUCUACUUCGCGGGAGACACAGGCUACUGUUUCGGCUUCCGGCAGAUCGGCCGGAAGUAUGGGCCCUUCUCCCUCGCUGCAAUACCCAUCGGCGCUUACCACCCACGAUGGUUUAUGCGGCCGCAACACUGUAACCCGGAAGAGGCGGUUGAGAUGCACGUGGAUCUCCGAGCGCGCCGCUCCCUGGCUAUUCAUUGGGGGACAUACGUCAUGACAGUGGAGCCGUACAUGGAGCCAAAGACGAAACUCGCGGACGCAGUCGCCGCCCGUGGGCUCCAUGAAGCUGCCUUUACCACUGUUCGCCAUGGUGAGGUGCUCGACCUGGACUCGGAGACAGUGGAAGACAGAUAGCAUUGAGCGAGUGGGAAGGGCGGGUUUAUGGAAGUUUGCUACAUAAUGUAGCGGCGACAUGCGCGGACAGACUAACAUUCCUUUCAAAGGAUGAUUUGUUGUUGGGUAGACAAUCGAUUCUGAUUGGACGGGUUUCCAUUUUAGAUGACCUUUUACAUUUUUACCAUAUUGUUUACUCAUUCGCUACCUCACAUUGACGUCAUCACUGUCAGUUGCUUGUUUGACUGUUGCACCAUUUGAUGACCUAUAUUAGAGCACGAUCAUGAUCAAACAGUUAUUUUUUUCAUAAAUUCGGACCAUUCAACUGUUGUUAAUUAAACUCUAUGUUUAAAUCCACUGAACAUAAAACGA